AUGGCCGCCCCGACCGCCCAGGCCCUCGCUGCCCCAUGCCCCGCAGUCCACGCCGUCCCCGCUCGUGCAGGCCGUGUGGUGCGCGUUCUACGCCUCCGGCAUCAUCCUCGCCCUCUUGGUGUACGGCUGCUGCAGGAGCGGGUGAUCACCCUGAGCUAUGGCGGGGAGCUGUUCACCUACUCCGUCUUCCUGGUCUUCGUGAACCGCGUGUGCGCCGUCGUCUUCGCGGUCUCCAUGGCGGUGGCCAAGGGCGAGAGCCUGGCGUCCAAAGCCCCCCUGUGGAAGUAUCUCACCAUCUCGCUGUCCAACGUCUAUGCCAGCACGUGCCAGUACGAGGCCCUCAAGUACGUCUCCUUUCCCGUGCAGAUGUUGGGGAAGAGCUUCAAGAUGAUGCCCGUUAUGCUGUGGGGCAUCGUGAUCUCUGGGAAGAGGUACGGCAUUCAGGAUUGGGCGGUUGCUUUUGCUGUCACGCUUGGCGUGACCAGCUUCCUGCUCACCGGGCCGGUGUCCUCCAAGACCUCCACGGGAAGCAGCGUGGUGGGCUUCAUGCUGCUGUUAGCGUUCCUGGGCCUGGACGGCUUCACCUCGACCAUGCAGGAGAAGCUCUUCAAGGAGCACGCCACCUCGAAGUACAACCAGAUGAUGUACGUCAACAUGUUCUCCUCCGUCGUCUCCCUGGCGACGCUCCUGGUGACGGGCGACCUGCUGCCCGCCCUGGCCUUCUGCUCGGGGCACCCCUCCUUCGUGGCCGACGCCCUGGUGCUGAGCGGCUCCGCAGUCACGGCGCAGUUCUUUAUCUAUUCGCAGGUGAAGGAGUUCGGCGCCCUCGUGUACGCAGCCACCAUGAACGUCCGACAGGUGGCCUCGAUCAUGGUGUCCUACGCGACCUACCACAACAGCAUCACGCCCUACCAGGUGGGCAGCCUGCUCAUUGUUUUCGGCGCCCUCUUCUACAAGAGCUUCGCCGGCCUCCUCGGCGACAGGGCCGACGAGAAGAAGCACCUGCUGGCGAAGAGCGCGGACGGCGAGAAGGCGUAG